GCCGUCACGAUGUCGCGUGGAAGGUCUAGUUUUUACUCUCUCAAUAUUGCCAUUCACUUUUGUUGUAUCGAAUAUAUUUGAAUUGUUUAUAGUGUUUAUUCUGCGACAAUAUUUUUUUAGAUAACAGAGUAUAUGCACGUUUAUUACUAUUUGUUAAUAAAAUUGUCUACGUCACGACUGGCGUGGUAAUCGCCAAUAGUCAGUCGUACGGCUUACAUGGUCGUUUGCAUGACAUUAACUGCAUUUGAAAUACUCAUCAGACUAGUAAUGGGCGACCCAAACACAGAACGCACUUUCAUCAUGAUCAAGCCCGACGGCGUUCAACGAGGCCUUGUCGGCGAAAUCAUCAAACGGUUUGAAACCAAAGGAUUCAAAUUGGUAGCCAUGAAGUUCACGUGGCCUUCGGAACAACUGUUGAGGAAACAAUACUGCGACUUGUCCAACGACAAGUUCUUCCCAGGUUUUAUCAAAUACAUGAUGUCAGGACCCGUUGUACCAAUGGUAUGGGAAGGAUUACACGCUGUCAAGACUGCACGUCUCCUCAUCUGCGCAACGCACCGGAAGGAUCCCAGCCCUGGUACUAUCAGAGGAGAUCUUUGCACUCAAACCGAGCAUUCAGGCCCCAAUGUAAUUCACGGAGCAGACUCCUUUGAAGCUGCCGAAAGAGAAAUCCGUCUGUGGUUCACAGUAAAAGAAAUGGUCACGUGGACGAGGACUGUUGACACUUGGGUUUACAACAAAUAACUAGGUUUACUGUAGACAAAUAUUUGUUUGCUAAUUAUUUAAAUUUUAAACAAAACAAUUAUUUUACGGUUAUAUUUUACUGAAUUUUUCCUAAUGUCUCAACUUUGGUAUAGUACGACAAAAAACCUUUUUUCAGUGGCCCCAACUUUGACAAUACAAUAUGCAAUACACGAUUAUUAAUGGUGUUUGUUGUGCGGCUAGCACCACAUAUUAUUUAGGAGUGAUGAUCCAUCUCUUUUGACUCUAUAUUAAAUUUGAAAUAUUAGUUAAUAUAUUUGACAAUUGUAGAAGUUUUUAAUGUUCCAACAUUAUACAAUUAUAAUUUUAUUUAUUCAAUAAAAUAUUAUCUAAUCUUAGAAUUAGCUAUCUCAAUUAGAAGAGACAUUAACCAAAAUAAACUUGGAAUGAAAUACAGUGUCGGUCUAGCGCUCGGUUACUAUCCAAUUCGCAAAUCUGAUAUCUAUUCAUAGUGAUAAAUCCAGUAUUUAUUUUUGUUUACAAACUAAAACAAUAACUAUUUACAAGCAUAUAAAAUAAUAACUGCUCUACAAAAACCAAUUUAAAAAAGAAAUAAUAAUAACGUACCUAUUAAAUGUAAACGCGUUGCCCAGAUAAUUACUUGAAAAAAUAGUAUUGUGUUAUUAACUAUAAUUAUAGUUAAAUAACAAUUUUUCAGUAAUAAAUGUUUAAUAAAAUCUACUAUAAAUUCUUCGAACUUUAAAAUUGUGAAAUUUUAAUAAUUCGAUGUAUUAUAUAGGUACCAAUAAAUUCACGAUAGAAAAUAUAGUAUAUAAUUAUAUUAGAACACUUGCAUCCAAUUAAUGCAUAAAUGAUAAUAGGUACACACACACACAUCCUACUGGGGCAUUACACACAUAGGCGGACUUAGGGGUUGAUUUUUGGGGGGCUUUAGUCCCAGACAAUAUUUAGACACUGAUGUAGCCUACAAAAUCUUUAUUUUUUGUAAAUUUUCCGCUUUAAGUAUGUGUGGGCAUGUAUAUGCAAUAUUUUGUUAUAUUUUUUAUUGAUGCAAUAUGUAUAAUAUUAUAAUCGAAGUUGAUUAUCAACUGAUAACAAAAUUAUUACUAUAUAGUAUAUACUAUAAAUAUACUGUUAAUUUAUAUUUUA